AUGUCCAAAGCUACCUUUAAGCAGUUUCGUCGACCAUUUCACCUGGGCGAACCGCUCGGGGGUGCGCCCACUGCCGGCGACGUGCAUUUUGGGAGCUCGAGCGGCACUGAGUCCGACGGGGAUGCGUACGGCGACGAAGGUGGCGACGUGAGCGACACGUGCGAGGGCGACGCACGCGCGCCCAAUGCCGCGACCGAGCCGUGUCUAGCGACACCGAGUCCGAGAGCGACAAUCGAGGCCAAAGUCGCAUGCAUCGACGCGAUGCCCAAAGCGAGACAAGACGAUGUCGUGCUCGGAUCGUUUGAGGAAGAGUUCAACGGAGACCGCGGCCCGUAG